AUGUCAUUCCGACUUUCUGCUGGGUCCAGGCGGAUCUGCUCCCGAGCUGGAUCUGUAAGGCUGUCCAGUGCAGGGACCGGCUUUGCACCUGCAAACCUGUGUGUUGGGUCAGGGGCAGACAGCAGCUUUUCUAGUGCCUUUGGGGGCAUUUCUUCUGGGGGAAAUUCCUGCAGUGUUGGUGGAGGGUCAAGAAGCGGCAUGUCUGCUGGCUUUCUGGCCAAUGAGUUUGGCCUCCUCUCUGGGAAUGGAAAGGUAGCCAUGCAGAACCUCAACGACCGCCUAGCCUCUUACCUGGACCAUGUGCGUGCUCUGGAGGAGGAAAAUACAUACCUAGAGCAAAAGAUUAAUGGCUGGUAUGAGAAAUAUGGACCAGGCUCUUCCCGGGGACUUGAUCAUGACUACAGCAGGUACUUUCCAGUCAUUGAAGAUCUGAAAAGUCAGAUCAUUGCUGCAACCACUAAUAAUGCCAGCAUUAUUCUAGAAAAUGACAACGCCAGAUUGACCGCCGAUGACUUCAGACUGAAGUACGAAAACGAGCUUGCGCUGCACCAGAGCGUGGACGCCGACAUCAAUGGUCUCCGUCGAGUGCUGGACGAGUUGACCUUGACCACCACAGACCUGGAGAUCCAGUAUGAGGCUCUGGGGGAGGAGCUGGCCUAUCUCAAAGCAAACCACCAGGAGGAAAUGCAAGUCCUGCAGAGUGCAUCCGGAGGGAACGUGCACGUGGAGAUAAACGCAGCCCCCGGCGUGGAUCUGACCCUCCUGCUGAACAACAUGAGGGCCGAGUACGAGGAGCUGGCGGAGGAGAACCGCAGAGACGCUGAGGCCAGGUUUAACGAGAAGAGCGCAUCGCUGCAACAGCAGAUUUCGGAUGAUGCGGGAGCAGCCACAGCAGCCAGAAACGAGCUGACGGAGCUGAAACGCAGUCUGCAAACCCUGGAGAUAGAACUGCAGUCCCUCCUGGCAGUGAAAGAGUCCUAUGAGUGCUCCUUGGCAGAGAUGGAAGGAAACUACUGCCUCCAGCUCCAGCAGAUCCAGGACCAGAUUGGGGCCCUAGAGGAGCAGCUGCAGCAGAUUCGGACGGAAACUGAAGGCCAGAAGUUGGAGCACGAGCAGCUGCUCGACAUCAAGAUCUUCUUAGAAAAGGAAAUUGAGACGUACUGCAAAUUACUAGAUGGGGAGGAGAGGAAAAGCAUAUCCGUGUGUCCUCGAUCAGAUGGACCCAAGCCCGGAAACUCUGGAAAUGCUGUAAAAGACACGGCAGAAGAAACAGUCGUCAAAACAGUGGUUGAAGAACUAGAUCAACUUGGCAAUGUCCUUUCCCUAAUCGUUCAUUCAGUUGAAGAAAAAUCCUCUAAGAUCAGCAACAUUACAGUGGAGCAACGGGUACCUUCUAAAACACCAUAA